UUUUUUUUAUUUUUUAUUGUUAUAUUUAUUUAUUUAUUGAAAGUAUGGUGUUUGACAAUACAACAUCGUUAAUUAUUGCAUUAAAAGGUUCUACUAAUAUCGAAGAUGAGGGUCGCAUUAUUCGUUUUGGUAAUGGUGCUAACUUGGACACGAUUCGUGGCCUUGCUGCAGAAAAAUUAAGCAUAGUUAGUGGCAUUGCUGAUAUUCAAUUUUUGGACGUAAAUGAGCGCUUAAUAGAUAGUAUUGAUUCCCUCAGAAAUCAACAAGUAGUUUAUAUUGAUAUGAAGCAACAAAUCAAAGAAAUUAUUCCUGGUCCUGCCUGUUUACCUUUUGUAGGAAGUCUUUAUGAAUUAUUACCCAACAUAACUGAAGGUUGGGAUCGUCAAUUUAAAGCUUAUGGUCCUCUGGUUGAGGUAAAUAUAUUGGGAAGGAAAGUAGUUGGAACCAAUCAUCCAGAUAUUGCAGAAAUAUUUGCAAAGGAAUCUGAAUAUUUUACAAAGAAAGUAACAAAUUCUGGUUUGAUGGAGAUUAAGGCAUUUGGUGGUCAAGGUCUUUUUACAUCAGAUACAGAUGAAAUGGAUUGGAAACUUGCUCAUAAGUUGUUGAUGCCUGCAUUUAGUCCUAGAGCUGUGAAGGUUUACCAAAAAGAAAUGGGUAUCAUUACUCAACAAACUAUAAAGAUUUUUGAACAAUAUACACCUGAUGAGCCUGUUGAAAUUCUGGAUUGGACAACUAAUCUUACAUUUGAAACAAUUGGUCGUAUUGGAUUUGGAUAUAAUUUUAAUAUACUUUCAAAACGUGAUCAACCACCUAAUGAAUUUAUUGAAGCUAUGGGCUAUUGUUUAAAGCAGGCUAUCCAACGUAUGCAACAGGCUCAAUUUAUGAAGCGUUUACCUCUCGAGGCAAAUCGUAAGUUUGAUCGAGCAGUAAAGUUAAUGCAUGAUACAGUGGAUACCGUGAUUGCAGAACGUAAGAAAAGCCCAGAUGCUGGUAAUAUGGAUAAAGACUUGUUGGGUUAUAUGUUAAAUGCUCGCGAUGAACAUAACUUGGGAUUAUCGGACGAAAAUAUCCGUGAUCAGGUCGUUACCUUUUUGAUUGCUGGACAUGAUACGACUGCUAAUACACUUGCUUGGACUCUUUAUGAACUUUCUCGACAUCCUGAUAUUCAAGCCAAGGUACUUCAGGAAAUUGCUGAUAAUCAUAUCACUUGGGACACUUUACCUACUUCUGAACAAAUCUCAAACCUUAAAUACAUGCAUCAAGUCAUUAAAGAAGUACUUCGUCUCUAUCCUCCUGUUCGUUUUCUUGGAAAAUUCUGUAAACAAGAUUGUAUUGUUCCCGGUGGUUACAAAAUCAAGGCUAAUACCUCAUGUUCUAUCAGCGUCUAUUCGUUACAUCAUAAUGAGGCUGUUUAUCCUAAUCAUAAUCAUUUUGAUCCUGACCGUUGGACGAGUGAAGAAGAACAGAAGCGUUCUCGAUUUGCUUGGUUACCAUUUAGUACAGGUCCUCGUGGUUGUAUUGGUAUGGCAUUUGCAUUACAAGAGGCAAAGACAGUCUUGGCUAUGCUCUUGAACCGUUUUGAAUUCCGCUAUGAUGGUCCUGAUGUACAAUAUGAUCCCAAGAUGGCCACUACAAAACCUGUAGACUUGAAAAUGACAAUUCAUCCUCGUGAAAAUUUCCCUGAGCCUGGUGCUCAAACCGUUCCUCCUUCAGCCUCUUCCUCGUCUGCUGGCAUGGAAGAUAAAAAGGCCGAUUUACCUGCUUUCCCUACUGCAUCUACCUCAAAUGUUGAUUUGCCUCCUGUCACAUUCUUGUUUGGUACACAGACCGGUACAGCCCAAGAUUAUGCCAAUCUACUUGCAACUCAAGCCAAAAAUUUUGGCUUCAAGAAAGUGACUCUUUGUGAAAUGGAUAACUGGAAGGUGCUUCAGGAUGGAAAAUUUAUCUCGAAUGAUCAAAAAAAGCGUUCCGAUCAGGAACUGGUUAUCAUCUGUACUGCCACCUAUAAUGGCCAACCUCCUGAUUCUGCUGAAAAGUUUAACAAAUUCCUAGAUGAAAAAUUGAUGUUAGAUAAUCAUGAACACCUUUUAAAGGGUCUUUCUUUCGCUGUCUUUGGUCUUGGUAACAAGAACUGGCAAACUUAUCAAGCUUUCCCUAUUAAAGUAAUUAAUUUUCUUGAGGAACUUGGUGCUGAUCAAUUCUUUACAAGUGGUGAAGGUAAUGCUGAUAAAGAUAUGGAUAGCGUUUUUAAUGAAUGGUGUGCCCAUUUUUGGACCCACACUUUGGACGCCUAUGGUCUCAUUGCUUCUGAAACUAAUUCUGUUGUUCCCACAGCUGCAUCUACAGUCUCUAGUCAGAAGACAGCAGUUAAAGUCAAAUUUAUUCAACCAAAUGAAAAAGACGCUUGGAAAGAUGCAAAGAAUAAUUAUUAUGGUGAACCCAAGGCGGUCUUUCAAGUAAAUCAUGAACUUCAAGCUGAAAACUCUCCUCGUAGUACUCGUCAUGUUGAAAUUGAUAUCUCUAAGUUGAAAUCCUCUGUUGAUGACAAGGAAGGUCAAGUCCUUUACCAAGCAGGUGAUCAUUUAGAAAUCAUGCCUGAGAAUGAUCCAUCGGCUGUCGAAACACUUGCUUUAAGAUUUAACUGGAUCUUAGAUUCUGUAUUUGAAAUUGACCAAGAAUCCAUUUCAGAUGUGUCUCCAAGAUCGUUAGCUGCUAAUAUAAAGGGACCCUGUACAAUCCGUAAUAUGCUUACGUAUUAUGCAGAUAUCACCUCUCCACCCUCUCGUGCUGUCCUUGGUUGUUUCUCUGCUCAACUCAAAUUAGUGGCUCCAGAUACAGCAUCUACAUUUGAAAAACUCUUAAUGCCUGAUACAAAUAAUCGAGAUCUUUACCCUGAUUUCAUUAAACAGUAUCGCACCUUAUUGGAUUUACAAGCUGCCUAUCCUCAAGUCAAUCAAUUGGAUCUGGGCCAAUUUUUAGCAGCCGUCCAAGUCAUUCAACCUCGUCGUUAUUCAAUUUCCUCAUCCCCCUUGGCCUAUCCUCAUUCUGCUCACUUAACUGUGGGCAUUGUAGAUGAUGUCGUCAACGAAAAGCAUUAUUAUGGUCUAGCAUCACACUUUAUAAAAUGUAGCACAAAAGGUCUUCAGCUUCGUGCUAAUUUGAAAUCAUCCAAGAACACCUUCAGUUUACCCAAUGAUCCUAAAGUCCCCCUAAUCUUGAUUGCAGCUGGUACUGGCUUAGCCCCCUUCCGUGGUUUCCUUCAAGAACGUAAAGCUCAAUUAGAACGUGGUGAAGAGAUUGGCAAGGUGGUGUUGUUCUUUGGCUGUCGCCGUAAAGACCAAGACUUUAUUUAUCAAGAAGAGCUUGAAGAAUAUAUCAAAUCAGGCGUUUUGACUAAAUUACAUGUUGCAUUCUCUCGUAGUAUUGAAGUAUCUCCAAAGAAAUACGUACAACAUGAGAUCUUGUCUAAUGCUACUGAGGUCUGGAAUAUGCUUUAUCCCGACGAUGAUGAAAAAAGCUUACCUGCUGCUGUCUACGUUUGUGGCAGUGGUGCAAUGAGUCGUGAUGUUCGUCGCACUUUCUGUACUAUGGCCACCUUUUUCGGUAUGGCUUCAAAUAAUGAAGAGGCAGAUAAAGUCAUUAAUCAACUUACAAAUGAAAAGCGUUAUUUAUGCGACGUUUGGGGUUAAUAAUCACACACAUACAUACAUACAUAUAUACAUGCACACACAUUAUCUUUUUGUCAUAUUUAUUUAUUUUAUUUUAUUUUUUUAUAAAAAAAGCUAUAUUUAUUUAAUAAAUAGAUCAUAAUGUAAUUUUUUAUUACUCU